ACAGCAGCGACAGCCCUUUUUGACUGUCUCUUCCUGGCAGGCGGAAUAUAACAAAACACACUGCUUGUACCUUGGAUAUCCUCCGGUUUGUACUUACUCUACUGUCCGCUGUGAGCCACCGUAGGCCGGAGCUGAAAUGCGAACGUAGCUGUUAGCGAGCGAGCCAGGCCGCGGAGAGCUGGCCCGGCUGUACCCUUCAUCCAGACAGGAGCCUAAAUGUGUCACACAAACCAGUUUACCGAGUUGGAUCUCGACGCUGGAGAAGAUGCGCAAGGACGUGAGGAUAUUACUAGUGGGGGAGCCCAAGGUGGGAAAGACGUCUCUCAUCAUGUCCCUGGUCAGCGAGGAGUUCCCAGAAGUGGUUCCUUACCGAGCUGAGGAGAUCACCAUACCUGCAGAUGUCACACCGGAGAGAGUUCCCACACACAUUGUGGACUAUUCAGAGGCUGAGCAGACAGAUGAGCAGCUGUUUCAGGAGAUUGCCAAGGCAAAUGUGAUUUGCAUUGUGUACUCUGUCAACAACAAGAAGUCCAUAGAAAAAGUGACCAGCCAUUGGAUCCCCCUCAUUACUGAGAACACAGACAAGGACAGCAGGGUUCCUCUGAUCCUGGUGGGGAACAAGUCAGACCUGGUAGAGCACAGCAGCAUGGAGACCAUACUGCCCAUUAUGAACCAGUACAGUGAGAUAGAGACUUGUGUUGAGUGUUCAGCGAAGAACCUGAAGAACAUCUCAGAGCUGUUCUACUAUGCCCAAAAGGCUGUUCUUCAUCCAACAGGUCCCCUCUACUGUCCGGAGAAAAAAGAUAUGAAGCCACUUUGUGUAAAAGCCCUGACUCGAAUCUUCAAAGUGUCUGACCUAGACAACGAUGGUAUCCUCAAUGAUAAUGAGCUCAACUUCUUCCAGCGGACAUGCUUUAACACCCCACUAGAGCAUCAGGCGUUGGAGGAUGUAAAAAAUGUGGUACGGAGGAAUUUGAGCGAUGGUGUAUGUGACAACGGACUCACUCUGAAAGGCUUCCUAUUCCUUCACACGCUGUUCAUCCAGCGAGGUCGCCAUGAAACAACUUGGACAGUCCUCAGGAGGUUUGGAUAUGAUGAUGACCUGGAGCUAAAUCAGGACUACCUCUUCCCUCCGUUGAAAAUUCCUCCAGACUGCACCACAGAGCUCAACCACAAUGCCUACCUCUUCCUGCAGAGCGUCUUUGACAAACAUGAUAAGGAUCGUGACUGUGCCUUGUCACCAGAGGAGCUGAGGGACCUGUUUGAGGUUUUUCCGUACAUGCCCUGGGGCCCAGAUGUCAAUAACACAGUUUGCACUAAUGACCAGGGUUGGAUCACUUACCAGGGGUAUCUCUCACAGUGGACGUUAACAACUUAUCUCGACGUCCAGCGAUGCCUGGAGUAUUUGGGUUACCUCGGUUACUCAAUAAUUGCUGAGCAGGAGUCCCAAGCAGCAGGAAUUACAGUGACCAGAGAUAAGAAGAUUGACUUGCAGAAGAAGCAGACCCAGCGCAGUGUCUUCCGCUGUAAUGUCUUUGGAGACGUUGGCAGCGGCAAGAGUGGCUUCCUCCAAGCCUUCCUGGGUACAAACCUCAUGCGCCAAAAUAUGAUAAGAGAGGAACACAUAUCCUAUUACGCCAUCAGCACAACCUAUGUUUACGGUCAAGAGAAAUACCUUCUUCUUCAUGAAGUGUUCCCCGACUUUGACUACCUGUCUGAUGCUGAUCUGGCCUGUGACAUUGUCUGCCUGGUCUAUGACAUCAGCAAUCCUUACUCCUUUGAGUACUGCGCCAAAGUCUUCAAGCAAUAUUUCAUGGACAGCAAGAUUCCAUGUAUGAUGAUAGCAGCUAAGUCGGACCUGCCAGAGGUCAAACAGCUGUACGGCUGCAGUCCUCUGGAGUUCUGUAGGAGGCACAAGAUGCCACCUCCACAGUCGUUCACCUGUAACACUGCAGAUGCACCCAGCAGAGACAUCUACACCAAGCUUACCACAAUGGCCAUGUACCCCCAUGCCAGGCUGCGCUGCAUGUGCACUUGUAACCGGUGCACCUUCUGCUUGUGUCAGAACUUCCUCAACUCUGAGCUGCUGCAGACGGUCAGGGCCAAACUCUACACUGUGGUACUCAGAAGACACAUGAGCCAAGCAGACCUAAAGAGCUCGACCUUCUGGCUGAAAGCGAGUGUCGGGGCCACAGUGUUUGUGGUGCUGGGCUUCGCCAUGUACAGAGUACUGCUCAAACCACGGUGAUUCUGCGGCACCUGGGUCCAACCCCCCUUUACACAGGGUACAUAUAGAACUAUUUUGACCAGUCCCACCAUAAGACUUCCCACCUUGUAUUUAGUAAAUUUAUGGAAAAAUCUGUGAUGGGUUUAUUGUUGGAAAGGUCCCAAUAAGUUGAAAACAAAAUGUGUGCAAGCUUACCUUAACUUUUAUUUUAUUUUUUUGCAUUUUCUUUCCAUUUUACAUUUCUCUUCUUGGGGAUAAAAGAGAAGAAAAAAAAAUUUAAUUUUGUACCAAAAUUGCUAAUUUGCUUAAUCUGUUUGUUUGCAAGUAUUUGCAAAGUAAAAAUAAUAUAUUUAUAUUUAUAUUGAAAAAUAGAGGCUGCUGAUGAGCCGUAGUGAGCUACAUCCGAGAGUCGCAUAAAUAGCUAUUUUUUUGGUUGCUCGCUGAUUUAAAUAAUGAACAACUCGGUGUCACUUGUACAAGGGAUUGUGAUGUGAGGGAUGCAAUAGAAUCCAUGAUUUUAUUAGAGUGAACAAUAUGUAAAUACUGUAUAUAACAUAGUGGAUGUACAUUUGUUUGUCAUUAGUCCAAAAAGGGUCAUUUUUGAUUCACAUUCAGACACUAAAUGCAAAUGAACUAGUUCAACAAACAGGUCAUAAACUACACUGAGAAUUUCACAAACAUAAGCAUUGAUUCUCAACACUGACAGAUUAUUGGUUUGCCUGUCAUGGCCAAACGUUUGGAUGCACACUUUUUCUUUUGAUGUUUGUACAUCUGAGCAGGUCGGUGUUUGAUGAACGGAUGUGAGUAUGUGGAACGAAGCUGCUCUCUCUCAUGUCUUCCCACGUUGGUCACUUUACUUUUCGUGUGUGUUUGUGUGCUUAAAUAGUGAAAAUAUACACUGUGUACUGCAUGCUUCAUAAUUUCUCACCACAUUCCAGUGUGUUAAGAAUUGCCGUAUAAAAAUGACCAUGCCAACUUCUCCACAUUGCUUGCAAGUUCUCAAGGAUCCAUGGAUUCAGAAAAGUCUCAUGGUCUUUUUGUCGGACCCCCCUGUUGAUCCCUGGUUAGCUCUCCUGGUUGCAGAAGAUGCAAUCAGUCCGUUAUCAGUUUUCAUGCAAUUGUACCUGCCUGCCAUGGUCUUCAGUUUGAUGUAUUGACUCAUCCCUGCCUUUCCAAAAGUUUACAAUAAAUAAAUGUCUGUUA